UUUCUCUUUAUCAUUUUCUUUCUUCAUUGCUCUUUUUUAUCAUUUUCAUCUAUUUGCCCUUUUUUUAUAUAUAGUUUUCCUUUCCAGCCGCUUUUUUUUUCUUGCUCUUCACACACAGAUCUUUCAAUAGUUUUUCAUUUUUUGCUGAUGUCCGAUGUUACUUUACCACCUCUGAAAACCGUCCUUUCACUGCAACCAUGCAACGAUCGCACUGUCGAGUCACCAUCAUCGGCUAGUUCAAGUUACACAAAUCAUCAAAAUCCUGUGCUUCUCUUCCAUAGCCAUUCGCAACUGAAUUUACCUCCGCUGGCCACACAACCACCAUCAACCUUACCCACCAAUUUAUCGUCAUCCGCAGCACCAUCGAAACCAAAUUCAACUGCUGCGCAACCUAUCAAUAUCAAUAGCAACAAUGUUGCUGCUGCGACAACCGAACCAUCUUUGCCUUCAAAACUACACAUGUUCUUUAGUUAUCAGAAUGACCACAUUGCCACCGCCCUUGACGGUCCCUCGUUUUCGAAAAACUCCUCACUUCACACUCCGGCGGGUACUUUAUCCAAUCGAACGACGAAAACCGACGAAACACACCCAUCCUCUUCUCAAAACAGUAAUCCUUCCUCCACAUUUAUAAAUACCACCACCAACGAUCAUGCAAUUCCAACCACCGCCAAUGCGGAGGAUUGUACUCACAAUGCGGGCAUGAACCGACGAAGGAAAUACCGUCGUAGUAGUGAGAGCAAUGACGUGAGAAUGAUCAAAGAUUCCAACCACCGACGACCCCCACGUACCUCCGCCAAAGACGAACCCGAUGAUCCUACCAAAACAGACAUUGACAAACACAUACGAGCCAUGAAUUGGUACCAGAAAAUGCAGCUGUCAGACGACAUAUGGAACGAAACCUGCGACUUGUUUCUCUGCGUCCGAGAAACCAAAACACUGAAAAGCCGCGGUCCCAACCGAAAAUGCAUCCACAUCCUGGCUUCCAUCUUGUACAUCCUUUGUCGUAAAUACAACAAUCCUCGUACUUUUGCCGAAAUAUGUACCGCGGCCGGUAUCAAGAAACAUGAAAUUGGUGUGUACUAUCGUUUGAUGCUUAAAUUACUUGAACCGACUGGAUUCACCACCAGCGGUUUACGGACCACCGAUAUCGAAGAGUUCCUAAAGAGAUGGUGCAGUAACCUUCACCUGGAAGAUUGGGUCGCUCGAGCAGCGAUGCAUGUCUUUCAGCGCGCUUACGAACUCAACCUGAUGGCUGGCAAAUGUCCCAUUUCCAUUGGUGCCGCCAGCAUUUGUUUAUGCUGUCAAGGAUGGCAAUCGUCUCCAGAAAAUGAUCGCGAGACAGCCAAUGACGCCCAAGCAAAUCUGUGGCGAGAUCAACGUGACAUUGCCCUUGCAGCAGGGGUUGUAUCAGUUACCCUCAUCACUUGUUAUCGAGUGCUGUGGCAGCAUCGAUCAUUGCUAUUUCCCCAAUGGUUUAUAAAUAAAAUAUGUCUCCAUCCAGAGUAAACAUUCAUAUCUCUUGUUAUUCCCAUGUUCAAUGUAAACUAGUGACUGCCACCUUAUACCAUCUAGCAUGAAAUAAAAAUAAAAAAAUAACCGUC